AUGACAGGAAAAUUGGUAUUAACCCUAGCCAUCUUCUUCUGCAUAGAUUCAUCGGUACAAUGUUAUGUCGGAGUAGGCAACGAUCCUCUGACAAGACACAUCCGUUCUCGUCGUUCCAAACCGUCAUUCAGUUACGUAACUGAAGGGGAUUUGGACGGCGUUGAAUAUUCGCCGGUGUAUAUUGGCUCUCAAAAGGGAUUAAAGGAAGCAAAUAAAAUUGUCGCCUUGCCGGGGCAACCAGAUGGAAUUGAUUUCGACCAAUAUUCAGGUUAUGUAACGGUUGAUCAAAAAGCAAGCCGAGCGCUGUUUUAUUGGCUUGUUGAAUCACAGAACUCCUCUUCCAAGCCUCUCGUACUUUGGCUAAAUGGAGGCCCUGGUUGCUCGUCGGUUGGGAACGGAGCAUUUACUGAACUUGGUCCGUUUCGAGUUAAUAGCGAUAGGAAAACACUAUGGCGCAAUCCAUACGCUUGGAACAAUGCUGCCAAUAUGCUUUUCCUGGAAUCUCCGGCUGGAGUUGGAUUUUCAUACUCGAACACCUCAUCCGAUUACCAUACCGGAGACAAGAAAACUGCGAAAGAUUCCUACACAUUUCUAGUGAAUUGGUUGGAAAGAUUUCCCGAGUACAAAACUCGUGAUUUCUUUAUAACUGGGGAAAGUUAUGCUGGACAUUAUGUACCUCAACUAGCUCAACUUAUCCUUAAAAAUAACAAAAUCACUAACCAAACCGUCAUAAACCUUAAAGGGAUUUCUAUUGGGAAUGCCUACGUAGACAUUGAAACGCAAAACCGAGGAACGAACGAUUUUAUUUGGUCGCAUGCAUUGAUCUCGGAUGAAAUCUACCACGGCGUAAUUUCAAACUGCAAUUUUUCCUCAAGAUACUAUUCAUCAGAUGCUUGUGCAAAAUUCCAGAAUCAAGCAGAUGCAGUUCAAGGAAAAAUUGACCCUUACAAUAUUUAUGCUCCCGUUUGUUUAUCUUCCUCACAACCUCCUCCUUCGAGGCCUGAUCAAUUCGAUCCGUGCAUCAAUUACUACAUCUCGGAUUACCUAAACACUCCGGCAGUGCAACACGCAUUCCAUGUAAACAUCACCGGAUCACUACCUGGUCCUUGGGCUAGUUGCAGUGACCCCAUAUUUGAGAACUGGCAGGAUGAGCCAGACUCAGUGUUAGAAGUCAUCAAGAAAUUGACUACAAGUGGAAUUAGAGUAUGGUUAUACAGUGGAGAUGCAGAUGCUGUAGUGGCCGUGACAACGACUAAAUACGCAAUACAGAAGAUGAAGUUUUCGGUCAAAACUCCUUGGUACCCUUGGUACGACCAUGGCGAGGUUGGUGGUUAUGUAGUUGGAUAUGAGAAGAAUUUCACUUUUGUGACAAUAAGAGGAACAGGGCAUUUCGUCCCAAGUUACCAGCCAGUUCGAGCUCUCACCAUGUUCACUUCAUUUUUAGAGGGAAAACUUCCACCAUCCAGCUAG